ACAUGCUGCUCGCUGGGUCCCGCCGGGCACCCGGAGAAUGCAGCCUUCUGCUGCGUCUCCUCCCAUGACGGAUCCCUUAGCCAUGUUGGACCCCACAGGACACUUCGAAAAAAGAAAGAAAACGUCUCUUUGGUUCACGGUCUCUCUUUUGAUAGUGUCUGUUUUCAUACUGACCAUAGGCCUUGCAGCUACAACAAGAACAGAAAAUGUAACGGUGGGAGGCUAUUAUCCAGGAAUAAUUCUUGGCUUUGGAUCCUUCCUAGGGAUUAUUGGUAUUCAUCUGGUAGAGAACCGGAAACAAAUGCUGAUAGCGUCCAUCGUGUUUAUCAGCUUUGGAGUGGUAGCAGCAUUCUGUUGUGCAAUUGUGGAUGGGGUGUUUGCGGCACGACACAUAGAGCCUAGGCCUUUAUAUACAAAAAGGUGCCAGUAUUAUUCAAGUGGAGUCGGAUUCUUAUACGAUGCCUACCAGACGGAGGUGACAUGUUACACCUUACACAGCAAAUGUCAGCUGAAAGUGAAAAGUAACACAUGCUACUGCUGUGAUUUGUACAACUGUGAAAACUCAGAACACUCCACCAGCUAUUAUGAGUUCCUUGGCGUAAACAGCUGUCAGGAUGUGGUUCACUUGUACCGGCUGCUUUGGUCCUCCACCGUCUUAAAUAUAAUUGGCUUGUUUCUUGGCAUAGUCACAGCAGCCAUACUUGGGGCAUUUAAAGAUUUGAGAAGCAGAUUUGCUGUUAUGAAAGUGGACACAGGAAGAAAAGGUACCCCUCUCCCAAAUUGCCUUCAGCUCUGCUCCUCCACCACAGAUUCUGUACAAUCCAGCUCAGCAGAUUUUGACAUAUGCUGGAUUUUGUCCUUCGACAGCCGCUGUUCCUCAUUAUCCAUCCUAUCAUUUACCACUUCAGCCUACCAGCAAUUUCCCAGCAUCGUCAUCUACUGACAUUUCUUUAUCAGAUGACAUCCAGCCACCAUCUCAGUCCAGCUCCAACUAUGGCCUUCCUCCCAAUGCCCCUCCAUUAUAUACACCAACAUAUUUCCUGUCAGGUGAAAAGCCUCCACCAUAUGUACCAUAGUUUAGGGACCAUUAUCAACAGAUAGUAGGUUUAAAAACAAAUAAUCAAAGCCAAUAAUUAUUGGCAAAAACUACAAAAUGUGUUGCUCCAGCUCUCAGACUUUUAGGGAUUUUGUGCAGUAUAGCAUCAUUCCACUUUAAAAACAAACAACUGUAAACCGGAUAAUGAUUGAAAACAUAGGCAAGCAUAUUUUCUAGAAAUCAGUCAGUCAAAAAGUGAAUGUAGUGAGCUUCAACUUACUUUUGCAGCUGCCAUGACUCCAUGAGCACACACACCUCAUCAAUAAAAAUAUCCCCCUCCUUCCAGUCAUGUUCAAAAGCAGGGUCUUGAUCCAGAGAGUCAAGGUAGUGAUGUAUGUUCACAUCUAUAUUACUAGAGGGACAGGUAUGCCCAGUUCAAUCAACAGAGAAUAACUGUUCAGAGGCAUACAUAUCUCCUGUCCAGUGACAGAAACCAUUUAGUAAGCAGAUCGUGCUUGCUGGAUCAGGGUGCAGAACUUGGCUUUAUGUUUAUAUCCAUAGGCAGUUGAGUUUUCUAAAAUUUUAUCUUCAAUUUAGAACUCAGAUAGUUUGCACUGCACUCACAGAUAGCCAGGCAGCUAUCUUAGAUGAGAGAGACAUUUAUCUUUUCUUCUUAGUAUUAAUGUAAUAUUUCUUUUUGGGUGAGGAUGUCUUCCAAGAGAUGUGACAGUUGUUUUACAAUAAAAUAUACCGUGUGUUAUAUAUUUGUAUUUUCACUCUAUGCAUGCCACAAAAGAGAGACAAAGUAUUCUGAACUGUUUUUCCAAAGAAUCAGUGUUAAAGGAUCAAAGUAUUUUAAACAUUUAAGUCUAUUCUCUUGUCUGAAUAAUUUGUGCUUUGUAAUAGUUAAAAUACUACCAAUAAUAAACUUAUCUUUUUCAUAUGCUACAGAUUCAACA